UACUAAUUUUGUGGUGCCACCCCCAUCCGUCCUCUAGCAACGCAAGCAUGUUGAAUUGGCACAAGCACAGUCACAGAGCCCUUCUCCAUCUGAAGACCUCGGCACCAAGAUCUCAACAUCAACAUCAUCCUCUUAUCAAAUUCUGCAGCACCAUUUCGGACUCCUUCACAGUCUCCUACCUCAUCACCCGCUUCGGCUUCUCCCCAGAGACCGCCCUCAGCAUCUCCCGCAAGUUCCGCCUCGACAGCCCCCACAGGCCCGACUCCGUUCUCGCCUUCUUGGCCACCCACGGCUUCUCUCCUUUCCAAAUCCGCCAAGUCAUCCAAGGCCAACACACCAUCCUCCUCUGCGACCCCAACAACCUCAUCCUCCCCAAAUUCCAGUUCCUCCGCUCCAAAGGCGCCUCCACCUCCCACAUCAUCCGCAUCGCCACCGCUUCCCCCACCUUCCUCUCCCGCUCCCUCGACAGCCACAUCGUCCCCGCCUACCAAUUCCUCCGAACCUUCCUCGUCUCCGACGAACUCAUCAUCCGAUGUCUCAGCCGCGACUCCUCCGUCUUUUUCUCCGACGACCCCCGCUUCCCUCUUACCGCCGAAUUCCUCCUCGAUAACGGCUUCACGCGUUCCGCCGUUGCCAGGCUGCUGCACAUGUGUCCCUCUGUUCUCUGCUCACGUGACUUACCCGACACGGUGCAUGCACUCAAGCAAUUAGGGUUUGAUACCUCCGCCCCCAAUUUCAGUGCUGCGUUGGUCGCGAAAAGCACAGUGAAUAAAACCAACUGGGGUGAGUCGGUUAGGGUUUUCAAGAAGUGGGGUUGGUCCCAGGAACACGUUCUUAUGGCGUUUAAGAAGCAUCCUUCUUGUAUGCUGACGGAACCUGAUGAGAUAGAUGCUGUGUUCAGUUAUUGGGUUAAGGAGUUAGGUGGGAGUUCUUUGGAGCUUGUCAAGUAUCCUGUUAUUUUUCGGUUGAGCCUUAAGAAGUGGAUUGCUCCCAGGGCUUCCGUCGUUCGGUUUCUUGCAGCGCAAGGUCUAUUGGAAAGGAGUGGCAACAUGGUCACGCUGUUUAUUAUGUCUGAGAAAAGAUUCCUGGACACGUUUGUGAAACGUUAUGAGAAGCAUUCGUCUCAGUUGUUGAAGAUGUAUAAGGAAAGUGUGAAUAUGAAUGUUGCCAAUAGCAAGGAGAACAAGAAGAAAACUUGCUUGUAGUUUAACAGCCUUGCGCUGUUGUUCACUUGGAAUACAUGAUAUGUUCUUGUGUCUACUGAAGAUCUGACGAACAAUCAUGCUAGCUUGUUUAUGGGAUUUGUUAUUUUGCAGGAGUUUUGCCUGUGGAAAUUUGUUGUAUGUUUUCCUGCAGAAGCUAAAUAAAGGAAGCACGAGUCUUUUGAUGAAAGAGAGAAUUGAUCAUGCUUGUGAGUGUAAAUUGACUGUGAACUUUGUAUUUGGUACAAACUACAAAGACUUUGGAGCUUCCAUGAUGUUGAUGUGCAUACUGCAUACCUAUGCUCAUUAGUACAUUGGCGAUUGAAAAAAAAAUGGGAAAAGAUGUUGGAUGUGCAAUACAGCUAUAUAAAACAGGUAAACAGAUUUCAUAUGGAUAUUUCAGGUGAAAAAAAUGGAGCAUUCUAUAAACCAGGCAAAUAAGGGUUGAUUUGAAAGAUUAUUUGGUAACAUCCUCAAUCUCAUUAAAAUACUUAUUUCUGCAUAUAAAUUGUUGCUCUUGGUCAAAUUCUAUCUUCUUUUUUGGGAGGAUGCUGUUCUUCUCACCUGUCAAGCAGGUUAUUUUGUGUGAAUUAUUUAAUUUAAAUAUUGCUGCUUAUUUCAUAAUUUCAUAUUCAUCCUUCUGGGAUGUGUGUAUUUAGUAGAGUUGUUCCAGAUUUUGGCUUGCCUUGUUUCAUUGUUUUUCUUUAGUGAAAUGAGCUGAUACUUAAAAGAAGCUAUCCGCCUUUUGAGAUAAAGCACCUACUCUUCAUAAAACAGAUAUGAUAUGAUGUUUUUCUGAGUAGCUGUUUUUAUUUUGCAAUAGAUGACUUUUUCUGUGUGGUUUAUUGUAAACUGUGGAAGACUAAACUAGUAGAUUUUAGUUGAAUGGUUUGAUGUUUGCUCACCACAGGAUUCAGAGUUUAUUUAUAUAUUUGUUUGGCAAUGCUCGUAUUAAAUCUCAAAUUCCUAUGUGAUUAUUUGACCUUUUUUAUGCAUCUUUCAUGCUGAAUUAUAGAGUAUAUGGUUGUAAAUAACACAUUAAUUUGAACGAUGAAUUACAUUGUUAUAUCAACUUUGAUGCAUGAUUUUCAGAGUUCCCUAUUAAUGGGGAAAAAGAGUUUGUCCCCAAGCCUAUUGAAUCUUUAGACCAAUCUUGUCUGAGCUUUGUUUUGAACUUCAUUUACAAUUUUACUGACUAGUGACAAGCAAUCACAAAUGAACUUAUUUCACAUGUUUAAGACUGGUUUGAAUGUGUAAAAUUGGGAAUUCAGCAUUGCUUGAUUUCUCCUCUUACACCUGAUUCUGUUUUCUUUUUCACAUGCAUCAUUGCGACUGUUUAGAUAGCUUUGGUUUGUGACAAAAGUGAUUCCUUGUAGUUUUCUUUUUUAUAUUCUUUGGUCGAGAUGAAGCUGUACAAACUAAAUUUUGUCUUGCAAGUUGCAAGCCUGUUCUAAGAUCAAAAUUGGAAGAGGUAUAUCAAGAGGGGGGAGAAGAAAGUUAGGAAAUGGAUCUUCACUCUUCAUAGAAUAGCAUGAUAUGCCCAACAAAGUAGAUGCUCAUGCCAAUACCAAGUGUUCAAGCAUUGAUUGAAGAAAAACAAUAAACUUCUAAGUACAUACUUGCAGGCUUCAUGCAACUGGCAAUACCCUGUAUUACUGUAUAUUUAAGCCCUCAUGGCUCAGGAAGUUAAAGUAAGUUCAUCCACUGAUUUAUUGGGUUAUUAUCAUUCACGUUUUGAAGUAGUGUGCAAGUUGAUCUGCAUUCGUGUUAUCACGCAAAACAAAAGACAUUGAUCCGAAACUCCUUGUCAAGUGAAGUAAUGGACUACUUAUGCGAGUCAGCAUUACUCACCAAGCAAGUUUGCUCGCCCGAGCUUUCCCGUAGGCCGUAGCAAAUAGCAUGUGAUAUUGUGAUGAUUACUUUACAAUCUCUAUUGACAUACUAGUAUAUGGAUUUCUGUGGACAUGAUAGCUAGCAGCCUAGCAGAAGGGAUUGUACUUGUUUUUAUACUUUGUCUUAUCUUUGAUGGGGGACAAGCUUGAGCAUCCCAUUAAAUAAUUAUCCUUUCCUGUUUUUAUCACACCAACAAAUUAUAUUAUUAUUUUAUAGGAUAAUAAUACAUUAGUAGCUCCUUGAUGAUCUUUCAUUUAAUUUUUAA